ACUCAUAGAUAUGAUGAACACGUAUUCUGUUUUGGCAAAAAUUUUGGUUCUAACAUUCGUUGUCACGUCUAUACCUUUUUGUUCAUCUUCCAACACCUCAAAACGCUACCAAUUCAAUGUACUGUAUGCGUGUGUGUGUGUGUGUUUGUUGGUGGUGGAAUGGAAAAACAUAACUCGUGUAUGCAGUACAAAAGCCAUAUUGACAGUAAAUGGUGAGUAUCCAGGACCAACAAUAGCUGUAAACGAAGGAGACGACGUGGAGAUUAAGGUUACCAAUGGUGUUUCAAUAAACACCACUAUCCAUUGGCAUGGAAUCAAGCAACUUAGAACCGGAUGGGCCGAUGGGCCUGCGUAUGUUACGCAGUGUCCCAUAACACCUGGACGGUCUUAUACAUAUAAGUUCACAGUUACCGGCCAGAGGGGCACCCUUUGGUGGCAUGCUCAUAUUGCUUGGCAGCGUGCCACCGUCUAUGGUGCUAUCAUCAUAUACCCGCGUAUGCCCUAUCCAUUUGCGGCUCCUGUUGAAGCUGAAAUCCCAAUAAUAUUUGGAGAAUGGUGGAACUUACCUGUUGAAGGAAUCGAAGAUGAAAUGUACAAGUAUGGCAGUGGCCCAAACUCAUCAGACGCUUAUACGAUUAAUGGUUUGCCUGGAUCGCUGUACCCUUGCUCAGUCAAAGAUACUUUUAUCCAGACCGUGGAACAUGACAAGAUCUACAUGCUUAGAAUCAUUAAUGCCGCACUUAACGAUGAGCUCUUUUUCGCAAUAUCCAACCAUACACUUACAGUGGUUGAGGUCGAUGCUUCUUACACGAAACCCUUUGAUACAGAAGCAAUCAUGAUAACCCCGGGACAGACAUACACUGUCCUCCUAAAUACAAAUCAACACAAGCCAGACUCCAGUGGGUUGUUUGUAAUGGCAGCAAGGCCAUAUCUCACUACUGUAUUCCCUUUUGACAAUUCCACCACAAUAGGUUUCUUGAAAUACAAAGGAUCCAAGGCUGAACACAUGGUUCUCCCUAAACCAUCAAAUCUCGUCUUGCCUCGUCAUCUCCCUCGAAUGGAAGAUCAUGCAUACGCUACAAAAUUUGUAAGCAAGCUUAGAAGUCUUGGAACAACGCGGUACCCAUGUAAAGUGCCGAAAAAGAUCGAUAAGCGUGUUGUCAUCACGAUAAGUCUCAACCUUCAAGAUUGUCCUGCUAACGAAACAUGCAAAGGAUUUAACGAGAAGAGAUAUGCGGCAUCUAUGAAUAACCAAUCCUUUGUUCGUCCUAUGACAUCCAUACUUGAAUGGCAUUACAAAAACUAUUCUUCUAUGCAGUAUUCUCACGAUUUCCCACUACAGCCACCACACGUUUUCGACUACACGGGAGUGGACCCUUUAACACAUAACCUAAAUCCAAAUUUUGGUACUAAGUUGUUUGCGGUCGAGUAUGGGACACGGUUAGAAAUCGUUCUUCAAGACACGAGUUUUCUUAACUUAGAAAAUCACCCAAUUCAUAUUCAUGGGCAUAACUUUUUUGUAGUGGGUAGGGGAUUUGGGAAUUUCAAUGCUGAGAAGGAUACGACACAAUAUAACCUUGUGGAUCCGCCUGAGCGCAACACAGUCGGGGUACCGAUGGGAGGAUGGGCUGCAAUUCGAAUCAAUGCUGAUAAUCCAGGGGUAUGGUUUAUGCACUGCCAUCUUGAAGAGCAUACUUCCUGGGGUCUUGCUUCAGGCUUCAUUGUGAAGGAUGGUGUGAAGCCAUCUCAAAGAUUACUUCCUCCACCAGAUGAUCUCCCACCAUGUUGAGAUAUCAAAGACGAUCUUUAAUCUAGACAUGCUUAUGUACUCGUUGGUUAUUUUGAGGAAACAUGUUUUUAUAUACAAAAAGUAUUUUCAGGUUUUCUAGUGGAUUUUAUUAAUACCUUCAAAGUGGGUUUCA